CCAUAUCCACUGCCGACUCGUGUUCUCGAAGCUCUAAAUUUGUGUUGUCUUAGAGAGCCAGACUGUGUUUCUCUGCAGCCCGUGUCUCUCAGGGACCAUAAACACACAGUGAACCCUGCGUUAUCUCAGGGAACUUUGAUCAGGAGUUCUAUAAAGAAGUGCAACAAAAAAAAAAAAAGAGAGAAAAAAAGCUUGACUGGGCUGGCUGUCUCACUUCAGUCCUCAAGUUGUGCGUUGGUGUAGAAAAGCUAUAAGUAAGAGGACACAGCAGAUGGAGAGGUGACGGGACAUGCAUUUGGGACGAGCGGAGACCUUCAGCCGGACUGGAGUCCAACGAGCGGAGAGUCCCACAGAGAGAAAGAGAGGAGCCGGACAGAAGAAAGGGGGGGGGGCGUUGACCUCUUCCCCCUGCAAGCGUCAAGCAGCAACGCCGCAUCGCCAUGGACGCAGACACGGGCCACAACCACACGUACGGCUCCUCGGAGCAUCGGGACACCGAGUUGUUCUCCCCUGAAGAAGAAGACAGCAGUCUGUACUUCACCUACAGCGGGGAGUGCAAUGAGCUGGAAGUCAACAACCUGCACUAUGAGGUGGACACGGCGGCUCAGAUCCCGUGGUACGAGAGGUUAUCGGAGUUCAAGCUGCCCUGGGAGAUAAAAGGGAACAAGCAGACAGCCAUCAACAGGCUCAGCCUCCGGGUCCGCAGCGGGCAAAUGCUGGCAGUCAUUGGCAGCUCAGGUUGUGGUAAAACCUCUUUGCUGGACAUACUAACGUGCCGCGACGAGGGCGGCGCCAGGACCUCCGGCCACGUUCUGAUCAACGGGAAGCCCAACACGCCGCAGCUGGUGAAGAAGAACAUCGCUCACGUCCGCCAAGACGACCGGCUUCUUCCUCACCUCACGGUGCGGGAGACUCUGGCCUUUGUGGCCCGACUGAGGCUCCCCACCCACUUCUCACAGGCCCAGAGGGACCAACGGGUGGAUGAUGUCAUCGCGGAGCUGCGGCUGCGGCAGUGUGCUCACACCCGGGUGGGAAACGACCACGUGAGGGGUGUUUCCGGAGGGGAGAGGAGGAGAGUCAGCAUAGCUGUCCAGCUGCUCUGGAACCCCGGUAUCCUGAUCCUGGACGAGCCCACGUCCGGUUUGGACAGCUUCACGGCCCACAACCUGGUGAUCACGCUGUCCCGCCUGGCUCGGGGGAACCGCCUGGUCCUGCUGUCGGUCCACCAGCCUCGCUCCGACAUCUUCCAGCUCUUCGACCUCGUGGUCCUGCUGUCGUCGGGGUCGGCCGUGUACUGCGGCCCCGCCCGCGACAUGGUGCAUUACUUCACCGCCCUCGGGUACCCCUGCCCGCGAUACUGCAACCCUUCUGACUUCUACGUGGAUCUCAUCAGCAUAGACCGGCGGAGUCCAGAGCGAGAGGCCGAGUGUUUGGAGCGGUCCGCGGUGCUGGCCGAGAGGUUCAUGGAAAGCGUCCGAGACACGGACGAUCACAUGUGGAAACCAGCGGGGACCGACACGGGCCCAACACCAGCAGAGAGCCCUCAGCAGACGGGCCAAGAGAAAGGAGAGAAAGUAAUCACCAUUUCCAAGCAAAGUAACCGACUGCCUGGCCGACUUCACCAGUUCACCAUCCUCAUCAGGCGUCACAUGCACAACGACUACAGGGACCUGGUCACCUUACUGGUCCACGGCUUCGAGGCCCUUCUCAUGUCGCUGCUGGUCGGCUGCCUGUACUACGGGGCGGGAGAAGAGCGUCUGUCCAUUCAGGACACGGUCGCCCUCCUCUACAUGAUCGGAGCGCUCACGCCGUUCGCUGUGGUGCUGGACGUCAUAGCCAAAUGUCACACGGAGAGAGCCAUGCUCUACCACGAGCUGGAGGACGGCAUGUACUCCGUCACCUCCUACUUCUUUGCCAAGGUGCUGGGGGAGCUACCUGAGCACUGCGUGUUCACGCUGGUGUACGGCCUGCCCAUCUACUGGCUGGCCGGCCUCAACGGGGCCCCCGACCGCUUCCUGCUCAACUUCCUGCUGGUGUGGCUGAUGGUGUACUGCAGCCGAGCCAUGGCCCUGUUUGUGGCCGCGGCGCUGCCCACCCUGCAGACCUCGGCCUUCAUGGGCAACGCCCUUUUCACCGUCUUCUACCUGACCGGAGGCUUCGUCAUCAACAUGGAGAACAUGUGGCUCGUGGCCUCGUGGCUCUCUCACGCCUCCUUCAUGCGUUGGGGCUUUGAGGGCAUGCUGCAGGUGCAGUUCAGAGGCAACAAGUACCCCGUCACCAUCCACAACAUCACCAUCGAUGUCGACGGCAUACACAUGGUGGAGGCCAUGCACAUGAACCAGUAUCCUCUCUACUCGUGCUACCUGGUCCUCGUGGCAGUCUGUGUGGUCUUCAUGGCGCUCUACUACGUCUGCCUGAAGUUCAUCAAACAGAAGUCCAGCCAGGACUGGUGAACACAUCUGGAAACGGAUUCCACCAAUCAGACGCUGGCUGUAAUCAGACAAAUUACAUCAGUCAGGGUUUUACUUUUGGGAGGAAGUAAUUUGGGCUCUAGUUCGACUGGUUCGACACUGAGCCAAAGCUUUCCCUUAUAAUUGUACUGUUCCUGUUAAAAUGUUGUAUUGUGACUCAAGAGGUGAAUAGGGGGAGAAACGUAAAAUACAUGUUUUUAAUUUACCCUUGCACAGUAGUUGCAACAUCAGAGUCCUGGACUUGUUUGAGUAAUGGAAACACAUGAAAUGAAGCUUCUGCAACCCCAGCAGUGCUUUUAAAGUAAACCUUCCGAAUGUACAAAACACUUUCGUAGAGUGCACUUUUUCUUUGUCUUGGGUCUUAACAUAUACUCAGCAUUAACAUUAUUAUUAGAAUUAUUAGGAUCUGAGUGACCUAGUUUAAGGGAAGCACGUGUUGCAGUACCGCUGCCCGCUGCUGGGUGGCAGCAGAGCACUGCACCAGCAUCAGAUGUGAAUGGUGAAUGUCUUUUUAUUCUCUCCUCCUCUCCUCAAAUUAUUAGAGCGCCACUUUGGCGGAUAUCCAUCUGCAGCUUUCGCUUGUUCCAUUUUCAAUCUCCUGUUUUUCUAAAGCUUUAUCUUUUUUUGUAUAUGUAAGGUUAUUAAGCUUAACAAUGUGCAGCCAGUAUAGUAACCACUGGACAAAAAGCCUUCUGGAGAUUCAGCAAGUCACACUUGAAAAAAAAAAAAACUUGUUUACUUGUGUCCUCGUAGAUUGACGAUUACGUAAAACUGUGUGUUUGUUUUUACUGUUGCAAAAGCCUGAUAAAGAUUUUAAAGACACGGUCCAAUUGAGUAAAGCGUUAAAUGAAAUCGCUCUA